AUGGCUCCUUCUUCGGCGAUUGUCGGAAAGAUCAAGGUCCAGCUCAAGCUAUCCAUUAGUAGGCUACGCAUGGUGCAGCAGAAGGACACAGCUAUAGCGAAGCAACAAAGACGGGCAAUGGCUGUAUUGCUUGAACAAGGCAAAGAGGAAUCAGCACGCAUCCGUGUCGAGAACAUCAUUCGGUCUGAUAUCACUACCGAACUACUAGAAGUCCUUGAGUUAUACUGCGAGCUUCUUUUGGCAAGGACAGGGUUGUUAGAAGCUAAAGAAUGUGAUCCCGGGCUAGAAGAGGCGAUCAAAUCCAUCAUCUACGCUGCACCACGAACAGAUGUCAAAGAGCUUCAGCAGGCAAGGGCACUAUUGGUGGAGAAAUAUGGAAAGGACUUUGCGCUGGAGGCUGUGGAGAACUCAGAUGGCAAGGUCGCGGAAAGAGUGCUCAAAAAGCUAAGAGUCGAGCCUCCAGAACCAGAGCUGGUGACAUUGUACUUGAAGGAGAUUGCUAGAACUUACGGUGUGAAUUGGCCGAGGAAGGAAGAGUCCCUGGAUGCCCAGGACGAUGGGGACGAUGACAAACCCUCGGGCGGUCAGGCAUUGAAGAACCUGGAAGAGCCCUUGACAACAGAUGAGUUGAGCAAAGCUACACCCCCACGAGAUCUUGGUCCGAGGUCGCCGAUCAGCGUAGCACCUCCAAGUCCAAGCACAGACAAUCUCAAUCCGCGAGUAAGACUACCAGGUCCACCAGAACUGAAGCCUGGGGCGAAGAUGAGCGGCUUGAAGAAACAGACAUCUGACACAGAUGCGCAAAGCACUGCGACAAGCAGAGAGUCCGGAGCAAAGAAAGACAUAGUUGGGGGCAAGAUACCAGACGUCGACGAAUUAACAAAGCGAUUUGCCGCAUUAAAGAGAUGA